UUACAAUAGCCAAAUUAAGCAGAUGUAGUCAUUACAUACAUCAGGUAAAGAGACUAGUAGAUGUUGAUGUAUUAAUGUUGUGGAAGGGCUGAUUCUAUGUAAAAGUAUUCACGUCUGUGCAUGUUAUGUGUAUCUUAUACCUCCUACAUGAACUUGUGGUUUAAGUGAACAGUAUGACUAAAAGAGGAAACAUAAAAACUUGCACAGAGAGAAAUCAUCAGCUGAGCUGAUCUGUUGCCAAAGGAGGUAUUUUUCUAAGUCAUUGUGUUGGCUGCUGAGGAAGUCAUUACCUGAUUCAACUCAUCACAAAGUAUAGACCUGCACAAUGACGAAUCACUCUGAGGAGGGGAUUUACCAGAGCUCGCAUGUGGAGAACGUCCUCCUUGUGACCUUCUACAUUGUCAUCUUCAUCAUCUCGGUUCCAAGCAACGCCCUUGCACUUUGGGUGUUCAGCUGCCAUGAUAACCACAACACACCUUCCAAAGUGUUUCUAAAGCACCUGGCCAUAGCAGACAUGUCUUACGUCUUGGUGCUCCCCAUGCGGAUUAUCUAUCAUAUGGCAGACAGUCACUGGCCUCUUGGGGAGGGGGCCUGCCGUGCGGUCGGUUUCCUGUUCUUCAUCAAUCUCUACUGUAGCAUGUAUUUUAUGACCUGCAUCAGUCUGGACCGUCUGCUGGCUUGUGUCCUACCACACAGGACACAGAAUCUUAGAAGAAGCUGGAAUGCCAAAGUGGUUUGUGCAGUUCUGUGGAUCAUAGCAACCAUCUCCAUGGCACCUUUCCUUUUCUCCAAGAAACAAGUAACUAGACAAUUAGAGACGCAGAAUGUGACAGUGUGUGAACAACUGUACAUUGAAAAGUCAUCCAAUCCUACCAAUGCAUUUGUGUCCACUGCUGUUGCUUUUGGGAUUCCUUUGGUCACCUUGUCAGUUUCUUACAUUCUCAUAUUUUGCAAAGUCAGAAGAAUGACUUUUCAAAAAAAGUUGCCUGCUCAGCGUAAGGCUAUGAGAAUGAUCAUACUAACUAUGGUUAACUUCUUGAUUGCCUUUGUCCCCUACCAUAUCCACCGGUUUGUCUUUAUAAUUCAGCAGGAUGAUAUGUCAAAAUCAGAAUCAGAAAGACAACUGCUGCAUUUGGGAAAUCGCAUAACCUCAGCUUUAACAUGUGUAAGUGGUGUGUUGGACCCUGUCAUGUAUUUUUUUCUGGCUAGAACUUACCAGGAGACGCUGCUGAAGCUCUGUGGUAGAAACCCCAAAGAAGAGCAAUCCACCACCUGAACACAGCCCACAUUUUCCUCUUACCUGUUAUCAUACCAGACAUACAACAGAGUAUCUGCAAGCAAGGUUCUCCUUGAUGAAGCAGAAGUCAAAGUGGAAAAAGUAUAGCUGAAAAACAAUAGCUAAUGUUCAAUGCCAAAUUCAUUAAGCCAGUUAAUGAGUUCUACUCAUUCAUUUCUAUAUAAAAAUAUAUUCUUCGGUAUUUAAGGUUAAACACUCCCCAAAGCACAUGUCAGAAAAAAAAAAAAGAAAAGAAGAUUGGAAAAUAUUUUACGUUUUGAGAGAAAAUGUAUGGCAUCACUGGGCUGGAAAGGGUUAAGACUAACUUUCAGUUUGGGGUCAAUAAGGUUUCUAUUUGAUUCCUCCCACAGCAGCUCUAUCAUAUGACUGAAUAACAUUAUUAUCACAUGUGAUUGGAGGAAUAUCCCAUUUAUCUAACUUGUUCUUGUUUGUUUUAGCAACUCCAUUAAUCAAUAUUUCUUUAAUGUAUUCUUGUACAAAGUUCUUUUUUUCUUUUUUUUUUUUGCAGUUAGUCAAGUAACAAAUAAAAAUAUUUUUCAA